CAAGCGACAACCUAGCCCGGAGGGCUCAGAGAUCGUCAGAUCCACCCGCUCCUCCCCGCAGCCCCGGUGCUAGGAGCGGCCCAGAGCGGCCGGGGACCCUGGGAGAGGAGAGCAGCGCGGCGCCGCUGACACUUUUAGGUUUUAUGUUGCUCAUCUAAGAAAACUUCAAAAUGAGCAGUCGGCGGAAGCGUGCCCCUCCAGUUAGGGUAGAUGAAGAAAAGCAGCAACAACUCCGGUGGAAUAUGCAUGAAGAUCGAAAAAAUGAAGUCCUAAUCCUUGAUGAUGAUGAUCAGCCUGUCCCAGGUCCAAGUUCCUCAUCUGUUCCUUUCGUUGUUUUAGAUGAUGAUAGUCCAGAGGAAGAAGUAACUCCCAAGAUCAAAAGAAGAUGUUCAAAGUCAGUGAGUUCAUUAACAGAUGAAGAGGAAACUGCCUGUAUUUUGCCCUCCAUAUUAGUCAAAUUAAAUGUUGUCAUUUCCCCUUUUCACAUAGAUAGUUCUUGGAAAGCAUUUUUAGGUGAACUAACUCUCCAGCUUCUUGCUGAGGAGAUUUUAAUCGAAAGUUUUCAUGAAAGAAAGUUUACUUUAAUGACAGCAGAUUCAAGUGAUCAAUUGCAGAUCUGUGUUCAUCCAAAGUGCAAAGAGGUAGAAGACCAACAAAAAGGACUUGAAGAGCUUAUCAGUGUUUCUGAAAAAAGUAUUUUGGUGGAAUCAUCCUUCAGUAAUGAAAUGUUAGAAGAUCUGAGGUGGCUGCAAAAGAAGAGAAUAAUAGAACUUUACCACAGACCUGAAGGGAUUCAGACCAUCAAGGUUGGAAUAUAUCUCUUGGAAGCUGGCUUAGCCAAACCUGAUUUUCUCAGUGAUGGAAGUGGGAGAAUUAAAAAAGCCAAUCAGCUGAUCCAGAAACUAAUGGAAAAGUUUUACAACUUCAUAAUUCCAGAUGUUUUGGAGGAAGAUGAAGAAGAAUCGGAUAGUGAACUGGAGAGACAGAACAUUGAGGAAUUAUAUGACUUUGUGAGACAUACACACCAGCAAGAAGCUCAGCAUUUACAAGAAAAUGUCCAGCACCCUGCCUUGAUCCCUGUGCUGAGACCAUACCAAAGUGAAGCUGUUAACUGGAUGCUGCUACGAGAAAAUUUCAGAAACUCUCCUGCCAAUGAAAAUGCCUUACAUUUCUUAUGGAGAGAGGUCAUUACAACAGAGGGGAUGACAUUCUACUAUAAUCCAUUUACAGGCUGCAUCAUCCGGGAAUACCCAAAUGCUGGGCCACAGUGGCCUGGUGGCAUCUUAGCAGAUGAGAUGGGUCUGGGGAAGACAGUGGAGGUUUUGGCUCUGAUUCUUUCACACACUCGACAAGAUGUCAAACAGGAUGUUCUAACAUUGCCUGAGGGAAAACUGGUAAAUUACUUCAUACCUCCACAACCUGCUGAAGGAAGCAAAAAGAAGAAACCUAAGAAGAUGGAGUUUCAAUCUAAGGAAAAAAUACAAUAUCCCAGUUUGCGUGUGAUGAUACUAGCAGCUGUAAAAGAAAUGAAUGUGAAGAAGGGAGCUUCUAUCAUUGCCAUCUUCAAGUAUGUCAGCACUAUAUACAGGUAUGAUGUACAGAGGAAUCGGCGGCUUCUGAAGAGAAAUUUGGAAAAAUUAAUUGCAGAACAAGUUGUGGAACAAGUCAAAGGUCAUGGUUUGGCUGGAUCUUUUAAACUGGGAAAGAAUUACAAGGAACAGAAGAAAUGUGAUAGAACUAAAAAACAGACAACAAAGAGUCCUAGAAAGAGUCUAAAUAAAUUUUCUGAUGAAGAAAAACAUCAAUCAGAGAGCAAGGACACAGUUUCUGAAAAUAAGGAAGAAAAAUCCCUAUCAUCAAACAUCACUGAGGAAGAGCAUGAUUAUUGUGAGGUCAGUAGAGACCAUGGCAGAUUAAGGAAAAAGCGGGAUCAACACUCAAAUGAAAAACUUCAGCCUAAAGCUAAAGAAUUACGUAGUGCUGAUUUGCAAAGAUCUAGUGAUCUUCCAAGUACUCAUGUUACUGUCUCUAAAAGUGAACCAAACUCUGAAGAAGACAACAUGAAGGACCAGGUCCCUGAAUCUCAAGACCAUGCUGGUAGUGAGAUACCACAUGCCAAUUCCAUAAGUCCCUUCAAUACUUCUGACUAUCGCUUUGAAUGUAUUUGUGGGGAACUUGGCCUAGUAGACUAUAAAGCCCGUGUUCAGUGUCUAAAAUGCCACCUGUGGCAACAUGCAGAAUGUGUGAACUACAAGGAGGAAAACUUGAAAAUUAAGCCUUUUUAUUGUCCCCAUUGCCUAGUUGCAAUGAAACCAGUUUCCACAGGAGCAACUUUGAUUAUCUCUCCAAGCUCUAUCUGUCAUCAAUGGGUGGAUGAAAUCAACAGGCAUGUGAGGUCAUCUUCUCUUCGAGUCUUGGUGUAUCAAGGGGUGAAGAAACAUGGCUUCUUGCAGCCUCAUAUGCUGGCAGAGCAAGAUGUAGUUAUCACCACUUAUGAUGUCCUUCGUUCAGAAUUGAAUUAUGUAGAUAUCCCCCACAGCAAUAGUGAGGAUGGGCGACGCUUCCGGAAUCAGAAGCGGUAUAUGGCCAUACCCAGUCCCUUGGUAGCAGUUGAGUGGUGGAGAAUCUGUCUGGAUGAAGCUCAGAUGGUUGAGUGCACCACUGCAAAGGCUGCUGAAAUGGCUUUGCGCUUGAGUGGAAUCAAUCGCUGGUGUGUCAGUGGUACUCCAGUACAGAGAGGAUUAGAAGAUCUCUAUGGGUUAGUGCUCUUCCUUGGUGUUGAUCCAUAUUGGGUCAAACACUGGUGGGAUCAACUUCUGUAUCGUCCUUACUGCAGGAAAAAUCCUCAACCCCUCUACAACCUUAUUGCCAAGAUAAUGUGGAGGUCUGCAAAAAAGGAUGUAAUUGACCAAAUUCAAAUUCCCCCACAGACAGAAGAUGUACACUGGCUUCACUUUUCUCCAGUGGAAAGGCAUUUCUAUCACCGUCAGCAUGAGGUGUGUUGUCAGGACGCCCUGGCAAAGCUUAGAAAGAUAUCUGAUUGGGCUCUGAAACUCAGCAGCCUUGACAGGAGGACCGUCACAUCUAUUCUCUACCCACUGUUGAGACUCAGACAGGCUUGCUGCCACCCACAGGCUGUUCGAGGAGAAUUCUUGCCACUACAAAAAAGUACUAUGACCAUGGAAGAGUUGCUGACUUCACUGCAGAAGAAAUGUCGAACUGAAUGUGAAGAAGCACAUCGGCAAUUGGUUUGUGCUCUUAAUGGCUUAGCUGGCAUCCAUAUCAUUAAAGAUGAGUAUCCCCAAGCAGUUGACCUGUACAGAGAAGUAUUACGUUCAUCUGAAGAACACAAAGACAAGCUUAAAACUGAUUCAUUACAAAGACUUCAUUCUACACACAACCUGAUGGAAUUGUUGCUAGCCAAGCACCCAGGAAUACCUCCUACCUUGAGAGAUGGCAAACUUGAGGAAGAGGCUGAACAACUUAGACAGCAUUACAUGAGUAAAUCCAAUGCAGAAGUUGCAGAAGCCCAUCAAGCUUUGCAGCCAGUUUUGCAGAUCAUCCGGGAACUUCAGAGGAAGACACAUGCAGGCUCACCAUGGUGGCUAGAUGUAAUCCAAUCAGCAAUUCAGUAUGCUAUCGAUGAAGAGCUUGUUCAGCGUGUGCAGAAUGAAAUAACCAGCAACUACAAGCAACAAACUAGUAAACUCUCCAUGGCAGAAAAGUUCCGGGACUGCAGAGGUCUUCAGUACUUGCUCACAACUCAAAUGGAAGAGCUGAAGAAAUUCCAAAAACUAGUGAGAGAGGCUGUGAAAAACCUAGAAGGACCUCCUUCCCGUGAUGUCAUUGAAGCUGCCACAAUCUGCCACCUUCGACCUGUCAGGCUGCCUCUCAACAACUGUGUCUUUUGCAAAGCUGAUGAAUUGUUCACAGAAUAUGAGUCGAAGCUAUUCUCUCACACAGUGAAAGGCCAAACGGCAAUUUUUGAGGAGAUGAUAGAAGAUGAAGAAGGCCUGGUGGAUGAUCGGUUACCUACCACAAGUCGAGGACUAUGGGCAACAAGUGAAACAGAGCGUUCUUUGAAAGCAAUCCUCUCUUUUGCCAAAGCACACCGACUAGACCUCAGACUCAUUGAGGAAGGGAAUACUUCAAUGGAACUCUUUGAAGCAUGGAAGAAGGAAUAUAAGUUGCUUCAUGAAUAUUGGAUGGUUCUGAGGGAUCAUGUAUCUGCUAUUGACGAACUUGCGAUGGCUACAGAACGCCUAAGAGUGCGGCAUCCUGAUGAGCCAAAGCCCAAUCCUCCUGUUCUUCACAUAAUUGAACCCCAUGAAGUGGAACAAAAUCGAGUAAAACUACUAAAUGACAAGGCAGUUGCCAAAUCCCAGCUUCAGAAGAAACUUGGGCAGCUUCUCUACCUUACUAAUUUGGAAAAGUCUCAAGAUAAGACCACAGGAGGAGUAAAUCCAGAACCUUGUCCAAUCUGUGCUCGGCAGCUGGGGAAACAGUGGGCAGUACUGACCUGUGGUCACUGUUUUUGUAAUGAAUGCAUUGCCAUUAUCAUUGAGCAGUAUAGUGUGGGCACCCGCAGAAGCUCAAUUAAGUGUGCCAUCUGCCGACAGACAACUUCACAUAAAGAAAUCUCCUAUGUCUUCACUGCAGAGACAGCAAAUCAGGAAGAGGAUAUUCCUGUGAAGGGUAGCCAUUCUACAAAAGUAGAAGCUGUGGUCCGAACUCUAAAGAGAAUCCAGUUUAAAAACCCAGGCGCUAAAUCACUCGUCUUCUCAACGUGGCAAGAUGUGCUAGACAUUAUUUCAAAAGCUCUGUAUGAUAACAACAUGGUAUUUGCACAAAUCAAUGGAAUUAACAGAUUUCAGGAGAACCUCUCAGCAUUUAAAUAUGAUCCCAAGAUCAAUAUUUUGCUGCUGCCCCUGCACACAGGAUCCAAUGGUUUAAAUAUCAUUGAAGCCACUCAUGUUCUCUUAGUAGAGCCUAUAUUGAAUCCUGCACAUGAGCUUCAGGCUAUUGGAAGAGUACACCGAAUUGGACAAACAAAGCCUACCAUUGUUCACAGAUUCCUAAUUAAGGCAACAAUUGAAGAGAGAAUGCAGGCAAUGUUGAAAACUGCUGAGAGGAGCCAUACUAGCUCAUCAAUGAAGCAAUCGGAGGCUUCAGUCUUGACAGUGGCUGAUCUUGCGGACCUAUUUACUGAAGAAACUGAAGAACUUGAAUGAACCAUACUUAACAUACAUUCAACUCAGAAAACUCAUGCAUUCACAGGCUUUAAAAUUUGAAUUUAGUACAAAUGAAGUCACGAGUCAUAAAUUCCAGUAGAUGUCACCCAACUCUAUUCUUAUGAUAGAUGAAGCUUCUUUUGGGUAUUUUCACCAUUCUCUUGUGGUGAGUGAAGCCCUUUCAACUUAUAGUUUCCAAAAGAACUAUAAAGGCCUUUGGUACUAUACAUAAAAUUCAUUUUGGUCCCAAAGAAUAUCAGCAUAUAAUUUUGAAGGGGAGGGAUAAUGCUAUACUUUUCAGUAUGAUUAGUUAGAAUAAGAGGAAAGGCAUAAAAUAAGUGUGCAAACUAAUUUUUCUAGUUUAUAUUGGCCUAGAGUUGAAUCAACAGAAAUGUUUUUCAAGGCAGGAAGGGAUUCUAAUAUCGUUAUUAUGCAACUCACCGUUUCCUCUUAGUAGUAUUUUAAGUAAGUGGUGAAUUAUCCUAACUACUAACAUUUAAGUGGAUUUAAAACAUAACUUACAUAGAAAUAGCACAGUAAUUACAUGUGAACAGAACCCUUUGCAAUCAGUUGCUCAUGUUGAGUUUUUCCUUUUAUAUACAUCUUUCUCUUAAAAAAUCAACACACUGAAAUCUAAGUAUUUUACACAUUUUUACAACCCUUUAAAUAAGCCAUGUUGUUCAUGCUGACUUGUAAGAAUUUAACUUUGAUUAUAAAAUAAAAAAGUAUUUAACUAAAUUUUAUUUCAUUUUAUACUUUUAUUAGCAUGAGCAGUUCUGUUAAGUCUCAGAAACAUUAAAAAUAUAUUUAUUGUUUACUUUAAAUGUUACAAAACUCUUUCUAAUUCAGAUUUUUCCUAAUGUUAAGUUUUUUAAAUGUUGAUGUAGCUAUGUAAAUAUUACUAAUUAUAACUUUUUUAUGUUUUAUAGUUGAUAUGAUUGUAACCUGAUAAUAUAUCAGUGGAGUUUUUUUUAACUGUAUGAAUGUAUUAUGUUUUCUUUGCCCCCUCUGCAUGAUGUAACUGUGCUUUUUAAUCCACUGAAUGUAUUUUAAUCUAUUAUAGUUUACUGUUUUACCUAGAUGAGACCCUUCCCCCUCCAAAAGAAAAAAAAAUUAGGCCAGUGUCUUUUUUGAAACAACAGAGUAUCAUGUGCAAGUAAGCAAAUAAUGAAAACAUGAUAUUUCUUCUGUGAAGAAUUACCUGGACAAGGGAUUUGAGUGUCUGCUUCCCAGUCAUUUGGCACAAUCAGAAUAUUUAAGUUUUCAUUGUUUUAUUCAAGCUCUCAGGCUUAUUUAUAAUCCACUGGCAUUAUAGUGGUUAGACUGGUAUCUUAUUUCUUUUUACCUUUAAAUCCCCAGAAAACUAAAGUUAGAGACACUGCUGGAGUAGCAUAUUUGAUCAGAGGCUUGGAUGUUUGCUGUCAUUCUGGGUUAAAACAACCCUGUUUGGCUCAACUAAAGAAAAUCCAUUUAAGCAGUCUUGGUGCCUGUUCUUCAGUUGAAGUAAAAUAUGCAUGGACUCUCUUAGCAGGGAUCAGACCAUGUCCACAGAGGGCAUGAAGUCCAUUGGGUGUAAUUUAAUUAUAAGCAUGCUUAGGGUUUUCAUUUUGUAGUCUUCCAAUAUAAUAUUCUCUCCAGAGUUAAGUUUUUAGAGAUACUAUCUGGUAUGCUUGAAUUUUAGAGAAAACAAAUUGCUCUUCCGUAUAUAUGUAACAAAUCAAAGGUGAGACAAAGAUAUUUUGGUAGGGAUAGAAAUGAUGGGAAAUUUUUAAUAUUCUGAGUUAUGGAACUUGCAUUCAAUCUUCUAAAGCUCUUAUAUACCCCAACCAAAGGUACUAAUAUGGGUUCUCUCCCUUAGCAUAGAUUUUAGAAUAAAGUCCUACCUUACUGUAUCAAUUUUUUUAGCAUAUUUUUGCUUAUUCUAGGCAAACAUCCCUCUUCUGAAACUUCUAGACUAUCUCUGUAAACUGUUUUCCCCAACACACCCACUUUUGGAGGCAUACAGUACCAUGCUUAUACACAUAGCUCUUGUGUCAGAAAUACAUACUAAGAGAAUGAACUCGUGAAGAAAAAUUAAGUCAACUUCAUUCAUCUUUUACAGAAGUGAAAUUUGUUUCAGUGUCAGUAGCACUGUCAAACUUAUUGGAAUGAAAAAGGCCAAAUUAGAAGCAGAAGAAGAUUUAAAAAUAUAUACUAAGCAUAUUUUGCCUAACUCAGAAAUUUCUUCUUACUGUAGGACUAAUUUACUUUUUUUAUACUUACUGCAAUUUUCAAAGUUCCAGCUUUUCAUCUCAGUGUAGCUGAAAAAUCUACAUAUUUAGUUGUAGAGCAUUUGUGAAAACAUUUCAUUGCUUUCACAUUGUGAUAAUAGUGCCAGACCAAGGCCUACUACCAGUGACUUAGAUUCAAGAGAUACACAAAUAUAUAUAUAGAUACAUAUAUAUAAAAUCACUGAGGCUUAAAGCUCCCAUUAUUUAUUAAAUAUGUAAUGCCUUAUUUAGUAUUCCAAAGACGCAGUGCUGUCAAGCCAAGUGAUCCCCUUUUCUCUGUUUUCAUGGACAAGAGAACAAAUUACAACAGCUUGUUAAAUCUCCUUUUCACUUUUCUCUCCAUGGGCUUCAGUAUGAUUAAGUUCCUUUUCUUUAAUAAUUUACAUGCUAAGCUUUCGAAAGCAAGAGACACUAGCUGUAUUUAAUAGCCACAGGCUUACUUAAAUGCAAUUAAAAAAAACUUUCUAGAAAUAAAAGAAAAGGUAUUUAGCCAAGUGAUAUGUAGUAACAAGCCACAUCAAAACUUGAAGUUUACUGACCUAAAAACUGAAACCUUACCAAAACAAUGCAAAGAAUCUAGGAUAUUUUACCAAGGGUCAUGGGUUUUUAUUAAAGCUAUAGCUUCAAAGUAUUCUCAGCUAUCACUUAAUAUUUAUAUUAUACCUUAGAUCCCAAAGAGUCUCUGAGCCCAUCUGUUUACCAGCAUAACAAUCAUUAGAGGGCUAUGUACAAUUCACAAAAGUUAUUUCUUUAUGACCUGCUAAUAGGGUCAGAAAUCCCAACUCCAUUUAUAGUGAUAAUCAAAAUAGGGGAUUCAAAUAUCCCAGGAUGGGUGUCUGUAACCAUUUUCAAAUUAAAGGACAGAUGAAUAGAUGUUCAGAAAAUAGUAUAGCAGUAGAAUCUUAGACCUAUAAAUCUUUGUUCCUUCCUUCUGAUAGUGCCUCACAAAAUUGAGACUAUUCUGUUAUGUUAAUAAAGAACUUUGGAAGAAGAGAUUCUACAACUUCCCUUGGCAACCUCUCCUAGUGUUGAACAGCAGUCACUGUCAGGAAUUUCUUAUAUUUAAUCCAGAUUUUUCAUGUUGUAUUACUAAAACUUGUUUAUCCUUGUUCAAUGGAAAUUCUGAGGGUGGUUAUCAUCCUCUGUAUAGUAGCCAUUCGUAUUCAUGAAGAUCAUCAUUAAAUUGCCCCUCUGCCUUUUCUUUCUGCAGUUCCUGUAGACACUUCUUUCAAAGAUCAUAUUCUCAAACCCCUUAAUCAUCUCUCUUUCCUGAAGCCUCCCUAUGUUGUCCAUAUCAUUCUCAAGCUAUGGCGCCUUAAAAGGAGGGGAGGGAUCUAGACUAAGAACACUUUCCUGAGAUACAGGAGUUUUUCCAGGUCUCAUAUUCUCAUGCCAGGCAGUUUUGAUUACUGUUUAUUUUGCAAUCCAUAAUGUCUUCCUUUAUUUUCUACUUAUACUGCAAAGAUCCAAAUCCAGUUUUUCUUAUAAUCUAGUUUCUUUUCAGUUGUAUCAACCAUCCAAUCAAUAUAGCCCUAUUAGGUUGAUAGAUUUAGAGCUGGAAGUGACAGUAGAGGUCCCCACAUCUUUGAUGAGGAAAAAAAAAAGGUUCAGUGUCUUGUCUAGGGCCAUAAGUAGCAAAAUUAGAUAGGACUUGGGCUCAGAGACCUGAGAUUUUGUUUAUUUUCUCCUUCCAAGACCUCUAAACACCUCUGCUUAAGUCCUCAUUUGGACUUCUUAAAUCCCUUCCUUGUGUCCUUUUUAUUGCUUUCUCUACUCGUAGCAUCUGUUCUCCUUUAUUUUAGCCUACCUACCUCCUAUUUAACUCUUUUUCAGACCCUGCCUCAGAAAUUCCAUAGAUGAAGAGAACUCUAUUACCUGUUUUAUAACUUUGAAUAUUUUUUCCCUUAACUUGCAUAGAAAAGAUGUCUUCCUUGGCAAAUGCAAAUGAGACUGUUUUUUAAAAGUGUGUUUUAGUGUCUGAUCUAGCUUUAAUCUAUCAAAAUGUUUUUAACAUGAUUAAUCUAUUGAACUAUUAAAAUAAAACAACCAUGUUCAAUUAUUUGAGUAAAACUGCCUGACCGACAUUUUCUACUUUAAAACAAAAUAAAAAUCUUGCAAAUAAUCCAAUUGCUGUUCAUAUUUUAUAUCUCUUUUCAACUUCAUGCUUAUGGUCUUUGUAUUGUAAUACUAGUUAUGAUAAAAUAUGGUGUGAAUAAAUCUCUUUAUAUAGCA